AACUCUGGUUGUGAGAUGGCGGUGGAGAAGCUCUGCUCCACAGACUCAUCACCCGGAGAUCGAUCUCUCGCUGGCAAUGGCGAUGGCCUCCUCCAUCGGCGUUUCCAGGUUCUCCACCUCCAAAACUCUACUCCAAUCCUCCUCUUCUCCCAAUCGGAGCUCCAAAGCUCAGACCUUGCUCUUCCGAUCAUCGGCUUCUAGCCUCUCCUCUUCUUCUUCUUCUUGUUUCGCCGGUGAUAAACCUAUCGCCGCCGUUGUUCCUCGCCCUCAGAAAACUGUGGUUCAGGAGAGAACCCCGCUGGUGGUGUCUCCGAAGGCGGUUUCUGAUUCGAAGAACUCGCAGACUUGCCUUGAUCCCGAUGCUAGCAGAAGUGUUCUGGGAAUUAUAUUGGGAGGUGGUGCCGGGACCAGGUUGUACCCACUGACAAAGAAACGAGCAAAACCAGCAGUUCCAUUGGGAGCCAAUUACAGGCUGAUUGAUAUUCCUGUUAGCAACUGCUUGAAUAGCAACAUUUCAAAAAUAUAUGUCCUGACACAGUUCAAUUCUGCAUCACUCAAUCGUCAUCUUUCACGAGCUUAUGGGAGUAACAUGGGAGGGUAUAAGAAUGAAGGAUUUGUAGAAGUUCUGGCAGCUCAGCAGAGCCCAGAGAAUCCAAACUGGUUUCAGGGUACAGCUGAUGCUGUGAGACAAUAUUUAUGGCUUUUUGAAGAGCACAAUGUGUUGGAGUUUUUGGUGCUUGCCGGGGAUCAUCUGUACCGAAUGGAUUAUGAGAGGUUUAUCCAAGCACACAGGGAGACCAAUGCAGAUAUAACUGUUGCUGCUCUUCCAAUGGAUGAAAAGCGUGCGACUGCUUUUGGCCUGAUGAAGAUUGAUGACGAAGGCCGUAUAAUUGAAUUUGCAGAGAAACCAAAAGGGGACCUGCUCAAAACUAUGAAGGUGGACACCACCAUUCUAGGGCUUGAUGAUGAAAGAGCAAAAGAAAUGCCUUUCAUAGCAAGUAUGGGCAUUUAUGUGGUUAGCAAAAACGCUAUGAUGGAGCUACUUCGUGAAAAGUUUCCUGGAGCUAAUGACUUUGGAAGUGAAGUUAUUCCUGGUGCAACUAAUAUUGGAAUGAGGGUACAAGCCUACUUGUAUGAUGGGUAUUGGGAAGAUAUUGGUACCAUUGAGGCAUUCUAUAAUGCAAAUCUGGGCAUAACUAAGAAGCCAGUGCCAGAUUUCAGCUUUUAUGAUCGUUCUGCCCCAAUUUACACUCAGCCUCGCUAUUUGCCACCUUCAAAGAUGCUUGAUGCUGAUGUUACAGACAGUGUUAUUGGUGAGGGAUGUGUGAUUAAGAACUGUAAGAUCCAUCAUUCUGUAAUCGGGCUUAGGUCUUGUAUAUCUGAGGGUGCCAUCAUCGAGGAUACACUACUGAUGGGAGCCGAUUAUUAUGAGACUGAAACCGAUAAGAGAUCACUAGCUGCAAGAGGUAGUGUGCCAAUUGGUAUCGGAAAAGAUUCUCACAUCAAACGAUCAAUAAUCGACAAGAACGCUCGUAUCGGAGACAAUGUCAAGAUAAUCAACAGAGAUGAUGUGCAAGAGGCUGCAAGAGAAACAGAUGGGUACUUCAUCAAGAGUGGAAUUGUGACUAUAAUCAAAGAUGCUUUGAUCCCCAGUGGAACCGUCAUCUAAAAAUCAAAAGUACAAAGCUACCUCCCUUUGAUAAUUUCGAAGCAAUUAUUCCUACCAUCAAUAUUAUGUUAUUUCUUUCCUCAUAGUCCUAAGAAAUCAUGUAAUUAUCUUCUUGCAGUGCAUGACUAUAUAGUUUGAUGUAUAAAGCACUCUACAUUGCCUUCCUUUUUUUAAUUUUGUAAGGAUGUUAAAUUUCCGUCAA